AUAUGGAUGGAGGGAUUGUCUUUUGUCUGUAGAUUUGGUUGUUGGAAUCGGCAAGGAAGGGAAAUAUCGAAAGAGACAGAAAUAAAAAGAAUGUGAGAAAGAAAAAAGAAAAAGAAAAGAAAAGAAGUGAAGAUGGAGGGAAUGAAUGAGACGGUGGAAAUGAUGAAGGCGAUGAUGAUGACGAGAGAAAAAAUGAGAAAGGCGUGAAUUCACGUGAAGGGAUAGGAGAGUGGGGUGAAUUAAGGAAGGUUGAGAACUGAAAAUUGAACAUCGGAAUCGGAUAGGGUAAGAGAAGAAGAAGCGGAGAUAGGAGUGUGCGCGUCCAAACCCAAGGGGCCUAAGAGGGGCUCUUCGUCGGAGGCGGUGGUUUUUUCCCCUCCGGAUUCCCCCGCCAUGAAGAGCCUCUUCAAGUCCAAGCCCCGCACUCCCUCCGACAUCGUUCGCCAUACUCGAGAUCUUCUCCGCCUCACCAACCGCGAUGACGACAAGACGGCCGAACUCACCAAAAACCUCCGGGAGAUGAAGUCAAUUCUCUAUGGAAACAGCGAAUCCGAACCGGUCCCCGAGGCUUGUGCGCAGCUCACUCAGGAAUUCUUCAAGGAAAACACCUUGCGUCUCCUUAUCCAAUGUCUUCCCAAGUUAAACUUGGAGGCUCGGAAGGAUGCCACUCAAAUUGUUGCGAAUUUACAGAGGCAGCAGGUUCAGUCUAAGCUCAUCGCGUCCGAUUACUUGGAGACAAAUUUGGAUCUCAUGGAUGUGUUGAUAUCUGGCUAUGAAAACAUGGACAUGGCUUUACACUACGGUGCGAUGUUGAGAGAGUGUAUAAGACACCAGAUUGUUGCUAAAUAUGUUCUGGACUCACCUCAUAUGAAGAAGUUUUUUGACUACAUUCAACUUCCAAAUUUUGACAUAGCUGCAGAUGCUGGAGCUACUUUUAAGGAGCUCUUGAUGAGGCAUAAAUCUACAGUUGCCGAAUUCCUUUCCAAGAAUUAUGAAUGGUUUUUUGAUGAAUAUAACUCCAAGCUGUUGGAAUCUUCCAAUUAUAUUACAAGGCGUCAAGCUGUCAAGGUGCUGGGAGAUAUGUUACUUGAUCGCUCAAAUUCAGCUGUAAUGACACAAUAUGUCAGCUCACGAGACAACCUAAGGAUUUUAAUGAAUCUUCUACGAGAGUCAAGCAAGAGCAUACAGAUUGAAGCAUUUCAUGUUUUCAAGCUUUUUGUUGCUAACCAAAAGAAACCAGCAGAUAUCAUCAGCAUACUUGUUGCAAACAGAAGCAAGCUUCUUAGACUUUUGGGUGACUUAAAAAUAGCUAAAGAGGAUGAACAGUUUGAAGCUGACAAAGCUCAAGUUAUAAGAGAAAUUGCAGCUCUUGAACCGAGAGAUAUUGCUUGAGCUUCAGAUUGUGAGGUGAGAAGGUGCAUUGCGACAUUUUACUUUAUAUAAUUGUCUAUUGAUAUAGUUCUUUUAGUCUUCAUCAAGAUGAGACCAACAUUCAACACAAUUCCAGUGUUUUCAUUCUGAAAUUUAAUUUCGUUUCUGUAAUUCGUAGAUAAAUAAAUAAAUUACUAAAAUUAGCUACACGCAGUAGCAGUAUAUGGCUUUCUGGUGUUAGAAUGGUUUACCUACCAGCUGAUUUAUAUAUUGUAUUCGGUCAUGUAAUAUUCUUACUCUAUUUGUAUGACAAAUUUCUUCUGUUAGUUCUUCA